AUGGUCAAGAAGGCGCCCAAGAGCAGCGGGAAGGGGCGGCAACGGGCCAGGGCCGCAGCGCCGCCGCCCCCACAGCAACCAGAGGUCGAGGACUCGCAGCCGGGGCCCAGCAGCAGCUGCGAAGACCGGCCAGUGCGCGUGUAUGCCGAUGGCGUGUUUGACCUGUUCCAUUUCGGCCAUGCGCGGGCGCUAGAGCAGGCCAAGCUGAGCUUCCCAAACACAUAUCUCAUGGUGGGCGUGUGCAACGAUGCCGAGACGCACAAGUUCAAGGGCAAGACGGUGAUGACAGAGGACGAGCGCUACGAGAGCCUGCGCCACUGCAAGUGGGUGGACGAGGUGGUCCCCAACGCCCCCUGGGUCAUCACCAAGGAGUUUUUGGACGAGCACAACAUCGACUUUGUGGCGCACGACGCGCUGCCCUACGCAGACGCCACGCUGGGCACCGACGAUGUGUACGGGUUUGUGAAGAAGCUGGGCAAGUUUAAGGAGACGAAGCGCACCGAGGGGGUGUCCACCUCGGACCUCAUCCUGCGCAUCAUCAAGGACUACAACGACUAUGUGCUGCGCAACCUGUCUCGCGGCUACUCGCGCAAGGACCUGGGCCUCAGCCUGCUCAAGGAGAAGCGCAUUAAGGCCGGCAUGCACAUGAAGCAGCUGAGCCAGAAGGUGCGGCAGCAGCGGCUGCAGGUGGCCGACCGCAUCCGCAAGCACAUGGUGGACGCGGUGCCGCGCAUCCUGCCGGUGGAGGUGGAGGACAGGGUCAAGGACUUUGCCUCCAAUGUGGAGAGCCUGGUGGACAAGGUGGUGUCAGGCGAGGCCGGGCUGGAGCUGGUUGAGAACAUGGACAAAUACGUCUCUGGUUUCAUCUCCGGCUUUGAGCGGCGGUACAGCCGGCUGGAGCGGGUCAUCAAGCAUACGCUCACCCGCACCGUGCUGCAGAGCCCCGCGCGCAAGAAGAAGGCGGCCGCGGCGGCCGCGCUAGCGGCGGCGGAGAAGCAGCAGAAAGCGGCGGGGCGCAAGCAGCUCAAGGCUGCGUGA